GGUCGUAUUAUUGGAACCAAACAAACACUGAGGGACGUCUUCAUUGUUAAGGGGGUUGGUUGUAAGUGAAGUUGUCACGUACUAACAGUCAUCUAUGUUGUGUUCUGUGUGGUUUGUGACCAAGGGGCCAAGAUGACGGAUGGAAUGCUCUCAUUAUCUUGGAACAACCAUAGCACUACAUUCUGUCACACACUGGCCUCACUUAGAGCUAAGGAGAGGUACACGGACGUAACGUUAGCAUGUGACGGCAAAUUUUACCCGGUUCAUAAGUUAGUGCUAUCAACAUGUAGUGAAUACUUUGAAAAUAUGUUCGAACACACUCCUUGUAAACAUCCCGUUGUCGUGCUGAGGGAUGUCCAAAAUGAUGAACUAGAGGCCCUCCUUAGUUACAUGUAUGCUGGUGUUGUGAGUGUUGCGCAGUCUGACUUGGCCCGGUUAAUAAAAGUGGCGGAGUUACUACAAAUAAAAGGUUUGGCAGUACCAGAUGAGCCACCCAACAGUAGCAAGAAAGCUUAUAAUCAACGGACCAGUGACGAUAGAACUAGCCCACACCUCAGGAGUAGACAUUCUUAUGAGAGAAACAGCCCAUAUGCAAAGUCAAAACAGUCUCAAAGUUCUUGCGAUGACGGAAGUAGCCCUCAUCCAAAGAGGCGGAGAAGAUUGGAGAGCGACACAUCUCACGAAGAUAUACAGUCUACCCAUAAUUCUCCCUCCAAAGCCAUGGAUGGUGAGCGGCUACAGGAGGACCUGAGUGCGUGGAAUGAAGAUCAAGAUACAAGACAGCGAAGUGAGGUAGAAUCGGAAGAGAGAACAGAUUAUCACUCCACCACACAGGAUCCUCUCACUGCCAAAGUUCAGGUUAAUCUCGAUGAAUCUCUAGUCAAAGAGGAAAUAAUAGAUGAUCCAAGAGACAGUCAGAAUGACUCGUCUGAACCUGGCCACAACUAUGAUGGUAUGACAGGAGACUCAUCAGGUGGUGGUCAAGACCCAGUCAGUCUUAUGGUACCAAAAUAUGAUCAUGUUCCUCCAGACCAGGAGAUGCUUCCACAGUCAGGCCUAGGCCAACCUCCACCCCUUCAUGAAGCUGUUAUUGAGGCAUUGGCAGGACCUUCAGGAAUGCAGGCGUGGCCAGGAGGAGGUGACAUGGCCAGACGACUUGCUCUUGGAGAAGGUUUUGGUGGUGAGAGUAAUCAGGACUUCACCUCUCUUUCCUUGGGCCAGCCCAGUACACAGGCACACCAGCUGGUAGGAACGGAGAAUGAAGACGAAGUGACAGACUGUGGUGGAGCACCAGGAACCGGAAAUGACCUCGCCAACAUCAGCAACGCAAAUCGAUGCCCCUACUGUGCUUACAUCACUAAUAGAUCACAUCGCUUGAAAAUGCACAUUCGUACUCACACUGGAGAACGGCCAUUUUCUUGUUCACACUGUUCCUAUCAGGCAUCAACAAAGGAUCGCAUGAAAAUACACCUUCGGACACAUACGGGAGAAAAGCCUUAUACUUGUCCUCAUUGUUCAUAUCGUGGUGUCAAGAAAAGUAAUUUAGAUAGACACUUACAAACUCAUUUAGAUAAAAUGCCAUAUUCCUAAAUGUAAUUUGUAAAUAAAACUAUAAUGUAGUAUAUUUUAUUUUGUUCACCAUUCAAGUCAUUUGUGGCAGUUUAGCUUUGAUCUUGCUCUUUCCCACACUAAAAUUUUGUUUUUAUGGUUGAAUAAAUUCAAUAUCUUUAAACACUUAACACAAAAAAAGAUUAAGGGUACCUCCUUUAUAAAAAAAUAAAAAGGUAUUUAAACAUCCAGGUACAGUAGUUGUAAAUGGUUUUCAUAUAGUCUACAGUAUUUCAUACUGAUAAAAUUUGGACAUGAUGUAAGAAGCAACACUUGAAUAUGUACACCCAGGAUUUUUUAGGUUUAUUGAGCUCCUAGGCCUUGGCAAUUUGAGGUACAGUAAAGUGAAGAUCACUUUCUCCCCUGUGACAACCAUCACUCAAAAUGAGAGAUUAAAGGUCAGUGUUUGCAGUAAGACAUGGGAAUGUGACAAGUCAUUAUGCUGUGCAGCUCUUUCUUCUGCACAGAUCAUAACUCACUUGACAUUGUUAUAAACCAGAUUCACAGUAACAACUUCUUCACCUCAGUUGCCAAAGUCAUAAGGAAAGACGUGUGUGUACAACUCCUCAUAUAUUUAUAUUAACACUGAGGUUGGUCUGGUCCAUAUAACUACUGUACUUGUGUUGUGUAAGGUAAGAGUUGAUGUUUUUUCUCUUGCAUUUUACAAGUUUAUACAUGUAAUGGUGUAAUGACAAUGUGCCAGUGUGUGUUGCAUUUCCUAAUUUCAAAUUUACCCAUUCCACAUGAAGGUUUGCCCUAGUGUAUUUUACCUUAAAGUUAACCACCCAAAUGCUAAUCUAGCCUAACCUUAUCCCCCAGGUAAUGUUAUGGUGGUUAGUCUUCAGGUGAAAUAUGGUGGAAUGCGAAUCUUCAUGUGAUCUCUCCAAUCUGUUGUUUUUGCAGGGUGUUUCCUAGAAGGCCUGGGGCCAGCUUAAGGUUUCAAAGAUGUUUUAUGGCCAAGGCUUUGGUAAUAUUGGAGUGUUAUUGCAACAUCUCAGGUUGUUUGGAAGGAGUUACACACUAUGCUCAUUUUAAAGAGAUGGGAUCAGGUUGUACAGUACUUGAUCUUUCUCUCUAAAGAAUUAUUAUGUGAUGUACUUUUCCAGGAUCCCUCAGUGCGCCUGGUCACUGGUGCAUUGUGUUGGGAACUUCCAUCUUUCUCUAGUCCAGAUUGAUUCAAAAGCAGCUCUCAGGUUCUUCUUGAGAGCACCUUGUAGGGCUUCUAAAGGUUUCAAUACCUUUUUACAUUAGUAUUAUCAUUGGCAUUUAAGGAGGCCCAGCUUGUUUCUCAUGCAGUUAAUAGUUUUGUAGCUAGAUUGCUAUGUCUUUUGUAGGGAACUUUAGUUGACUAAAGAAUAUUUUGUCACAACCCCUUGUGUAUUGGGUCACCUGUGAGCUGAAUAAAAUCAUCUGGCAUUAGCCAAAUAAAAUAUUAAAAGUGGCUUUCCCAUAGUGAAGGGGAUUCUUACCUUUUGGAUGGGCAACAGUUUUACUUAUUUUAUACCUUCACUAAUAAGGGUCAAGCUCUGUCUAAGUCUUUAGUUUUUAUAGAAAAAUUAGACUUGAAGUUUUAGGCUGGAGUAGAUUCAGUUAAAGGCAUGGAAAUUUGAUUGAUGAUCUCAUCAGUUUCUAUAUCCAGUUAAAGUGAUUCACAACCACAGUUAAAUAACUGAAAGGCAUGAUCAACAGCCCAAAGGUCAAGAUUAUAUUGCCUCUAUCUCAGUGAAAGCCAAUAACUCACUCAGUUGAAGUGUGUCCCACAUGUUCCUGGAGUUGCAUCCUUGAGACCUUCCUUCAUGCAGUCUCACUGAAAUCCAUCUUCUAGAGAGGGGGGAUGGACGUAUGCAAAGGUAUUCAUCACAGGGUAUCUGGAUUGUGUGGUGCUUGGAAGCCUGUGAGGUUAGGGAUUUACACUGUUUCCGGAGAUUACAAUGCGAGUUGUACCAUUGGAGUAUGCCUCCAUUCCUAGAUACUAGCUGUCUUGAGCAUAAAUGAAAUUUCUAAUUCACUGAAACAAAAAUGUCUUGGGCAGCAGGCUGCAUGCACAAGGCCUUGGAAAUAUUGUAUACAUUCACAGCUCUCGGCUUCAGAAACUGAAUCUUCCUUGCUAUACACUAUUGUUAAGGACUGGAGUUGCGAUGGGAGAGAUCCUACUUCUAGUUUUCUGUUUUACUGGGAUGCUGGAGUGUAAGUUACUGGAAUUUCUUGGAGUCAACCUGCAGGCUUGUCAGCACAGUCCAUACUUGUAACCAAAUGGGAUUUCAGGAUUAAUGCCCAAUUUGUAUAGGAAGCAGAAUCCCACUUGGGUUGUAUGCCACACAAUAUUUGGAGCUUCUUUCUAUCCCCUCCGUUUUUGACUCAUGGAUUACUCUGAAAUGGCAGGUUUAAUCUUGAAAAUGCAUUAUAUAACAGAGCUAGUGAAGAAUGACUCAGAUCCCAUUCACCUCUCUGCAAUGUUCUUGGAGUUUGGUUUUAAUGAGGUAAUUGUUACUGCACAUCUGGUUAAUGACACUGCCCGAUGAGAUGUAUGGCCUCAUGAAUUACUGUAUCAUACUUACACAACUUAGGACAAACUGAGACCUCCAAUCUUUCAUUUUGAGCAGCAGUUGUCAUCAGGGUGGGAGUGACCUUGGAUUACCACCAGUUGCCAGGAUCUAGGACUACUAACCAUGUAAGACCUGGGUGCACAUAGUCACAGGCUACUUGUGACUGGCUCUGUUAUAAAAUGAGUUUUCAGGAUCAAACCCUUUUUUUAUCUGAUUUUAAUUAUAAAAAAAUUGAAUUACCCUGCAUAAGUAUGCAUGUUAUAUAAUGGUUUGGUGUACAUUGUAGUCCAUCACCGAUGUAACAAAGGUACAGGUUUUGAUGCACUAUGGUUGUUGAAGAUGCUUUCUGGUGCAUGGAUACUAUGUAGUAUGGCUUAAGGUAUCUAUUAACACAUUCAGAAGUUAGGAAUUGAAGGGGUUUAUUGUGGGUCUGGGUUGUGGAAGUUUUACAAUUUUAUCAUUUACCUGUCACUUGUACAGCACUUUUAAAUGUGUGUAAUUUCACCAGUGUGCUCAUGUUAUUAACCUUUUUAUUUUAUUUUGUAACACUUUAUGUUUAUGGUUGGAUAUACAGUUGAUGAAUAUAUAUAAAUGAGGUACAGUAUACAGUACUACAAGAAAUAAAUGUUUAC